AUGUUUGUUCACCCAGAUAAUUGGCUCUUAGGCGGGGCAUCUCGACGCGUGCCGCCAGAAUUUUGGCGCGUCGACGCGGUCCACAGCGCCCCCAGCUUAAAAGACUCUCUGCACAGGGUCUGCGGCUCGCUGCUUCCUCCCUCCUCUCCUCCUCUCCUCCUCAAGACCUCCAUCUCAUCCUUCCCCUCCAUCACGCGUCAUCUCUUCCUCCAGGCCGAUACGGGCUAUCUGGAGUUGGAGCUAGACUUAGACGACACCCAGAGCAGCUGA